AUGGCUGGAGAAGUGCGCUUCCGAUUGACCGACAACCUGGAUCCACUUCAGACAUUGGAUAUUUGCCACGAGAUUGUCAACAUGACGUUUUGUUCAUCAGACAGACCUUUUACCUUAAAAAAAUGUACAAAAAAGAGAUGUGUUGAUAGGUAUGAUAGCUCUGAAAGUUCAGACAGUGGUGUUGCAACAUUUAUUACUGAACUUGGAUCACCUUUGACUCCAGAUAGUCGGGUUAGUGAGUAUUCUAUUCCUUCUCCAGAUGAAUGUGAACCCAUAAUGGCACCCCCACCACCUUUAGCGAAUUCUGCUGAUGAAAUUGACUUAGCAUGUUGGCCAUGGAGUGAAGAAUGGGCAGCUGAUUGUUCCAAUAUUGAAUUAUUUUCUGAUGCCUGUGAUACUACUGAUUAUUGCAAGACAGAUACAAACAUUGCCAAUAUUGAACUUGACCAAAAUGUAAUUGAGGAUGACUCGUGUAAUGACAAAUUAAACAUUUUUCAAAAUUCGUCAAAAAUAAACGACUUGUUUAAUUCAUUACCAUUAGCUCAGUGUAAACUUAUAGAGUCUUCUGAUAUUAAAUCCGAAUGUGACUUUGUUCCUUCUAAAAAGUUUCUUGUGUCUGAUGAAGAAUCACCAACAAAAUUUACACUUCGUAGUUCUGAUGAACAUUUUUCUAAUGACAUCAUUACUUCUCUACAAUCCAAUAUUUUAGAUAAUAAAUGUUUAUUAAAAGAUGAAGAGUCAUUGUUAUCUUUACAGUUUCCAUCUUGUACCCCCUCAACGUGUUCAGAUAGUUUUGAUGAGACUGAUUUUAAACUGUGUGAAGAUCAUAUAGACAACAGUAUUUCAAUCAAAUACAUGAAAGAUGAAGGUGAAAAAUCAAUUUGUGAAGGUUUAAUUGAUAUAUCUUCAACCAAAAAUUUCAAAUUAAAUAACAAUAUUUCUGAUGAUGAAAGUAACUCUAGUAGUCCUCAUAAAAAGUUAUGUGUAGAUCAGACAAUUAAACUGCCAAAUAAGGGUAGGUAUUUUAUGAGAUCAUCUUCUGGUUCUUCUCAUGAUUUAUUCAAAUCUAAAAUCCCUCACUUAUUGGACCAAAAUAAAAACAUACAAGAUAAUUUAAAAUCAUCACCAACAAGAUUGAAAUGCUCUCUUCGAAAUCCAAUCAAUAAACAUCAGCAAUGCGACAUUAAUGGUUCAAUAAGAAAUAACGAACAACUUAAUUAUUCAACAACCGAAUUAACGUCAGUUGGUUUUGAUUCUAAUAAAAUUAGAUUUCCAAAGUUAGAUAGUCAUUGGAUUUCAUUGAGAGGAAAUAUCAUGUGUCGUUGGAAUAAUUGUGAUAGUCAUUUUACUGCUACUGCUAAGCUCAUUGAACAUCUCCAGGUAAAACAUGUAAAUUCUCAGACUUUUAGUGAAAGUUUUGUGUGUUUAUGGUCAGAUUGCAAAGUAUUUAAUAAGCCAUCUUGUUCACGUUCAUGGCUUGAGCGUCAUGUGUUAAGUCAUGGGGGUAAUAAACCAUUGCAGUGUAUCGUUCAGAAGUGCAGACAACGUUUUAGUUCUCAAAUAAUGCUUGAAAGACAUGUGAAUCAACAUUUUAAGUCUUCUAGUAAUAGAGAGGAUGAAGGUCUAAAUGGUAAAUUAAUAAGAAGAAAAGGAAAGAAAUUACGUCUUCGUAGGCAACCAUUCACUGCUAGAAAAUUUGAUUACUUUGAUCAAGCUACAAUGAUGGAAUUACAAAACCAGCUAUUUUUAAGUACACAAAAUAGUCAACAAGAUUUUAUUGAUUACAGUCGAAGAGCGAUUAAAUUUCAACCUAAUGUCAUUGCUAGAAGAAUAUUGGAAGGAAGCAAAACACAGGAAGUGCUGAUGCGAUGGUUUCCUCCUAACAUAUUAGAAGAUGAAUGGAUCACUUGUGAUAAAAAAACAAAUUUUAAUGUGAUUGAACGUGUUGUACCUAUUAUGUCAAUGAGCACAGAAAAUCGGGAUUCAAUUACUAAACUGUUCGGUAAUAUUUUUCCACCUACAUCUCGACGUUCACGUAAAUGA